AAAGAAACAAUCCAAAUCAUUUUCUUUUGCUUGUAAAAAGAAAGGGUUCAUUCCUGAAAUUGCAACAAAAAAAAAAAAAAAACUUUUUACGAAUUCGCUUUGUUAAAGGCAGCCAGAGAUACGCCAUCCCUCGUCCUGACAUUUGUGUGCGUUGUGCUUUUACCCCCAAGGUGAAGUUCCCGGAACGAAACUACCGACUGAACUAGGGGCCGCUACGAAGCGAAUCUUCCCAUUGCGACUUCUGACUCCUCUUACGACCGCCCUUCCCACCGCCGACUCCGCGGAACGCACAAAAUGGCACACUCAGCCAAGGACAAGAACAUCCGUCUCGAAAGGCACAGCGCGGGAAAGACCCAGGCGUACGGAGACCUCAGUGUGCGCGCGGGGACUGGGAAGUUCAACUGGGGCAACACAACGACGGACUUGACCCUGAGCGAGAUCAAACCCACGGAUAAAAACGACCCCAUGUAUGAUAGCGAAAUUGAGAGAGCCACCAAAGAAGGGAAGAAAUAAAGCAACGAAGGACGGCUCCCUGGAGGGGCAGGUUUUCCCAUAUUGUUAGCCCCACGGGAGGGUCCCUUUUGCGCACAGCACGUGUGUACAUGUGUACAUGUGUGUAUAUAGCUCUAUGUACCGGCGCACACAACUUUUUAAUAUUUAUUUAUUUAUUUACAUAUUUACUUAUUUUUUCCCCCGAAUGAUUUAUGUGACAUGAUCUGCACAAGUUAGCAAUAAGGAGGAGAUGGGUCUCUACCUCCCGUUGCACACUGAUGCAAUGCAGCCCUACCAC